AUGAACGUGCGCCCGCCCAUAGAGUCGUCAAGCCCGACGGCCGUGCUAUCCGUCUCCUUCAACAGCGAUUCCAGUUGUUUCGCCGUCGGCCUGGAGUCUGGCAUAUGCAUCUUUCACACCAAGUCCUGCCUCCUCAAGGCAUCCAGAGACUUUAAUGCUGGCAUUGGUCUCGUGCAGAUGAUGGGCAAGACCAACUAUCUCGCCCUCGUUGGCGGCGGCAAGUCACCCAAGUUUGCCAUGAACAAGGCCAUUGUAUGGGACGAUAUGAAGGGCAAGGUCGCGCUUGAAAUCGCCGCGCUCAGCCCCAUCCGAGGCGUCCGACUCGGCCGGGAGCGCAUCGUCGUCGUCCUCCAAACCAGCGUACGGGUCUACUCCUUCGCCAAGCCCCCCGAUUUGCUGCACGUUUACGAGACCGCCGAUAACUUUCUAGGCUUGUGUUGCUUGUCCGAGAACAAAGCGGCUUUCCCUGGCCGGACGCCCGGUCAUGUCCAGCUGGUGGACCUCGUCACGGGCAGCGUCAAUAUCAUCCCGGCGCAUUCGUCUGCCCUCAAGGCCCUUCAGCUGAGCUGCAACGGAGAGCUUCUGGCGAGUGCCAGCGAGACCGGCACUCUGAUCCGCGUCUACGCCACCAGCAACUGUGCCCGGAUCGCCGAGCUCAGACGUGGCAUCGACCCAGCCACCAUCUUCUCCCUUGCCUUUUCCCCCUCAGGCGCCAUGCUUGCCUGCACGUCGGACAAGUCCACCCUCCACAUAUUCGAUAUUCCCAAUGCCCGCUGGCAAUCCGCGAGCAGGGGCCAGCAGUCGAGCGCUUCGGGAGCCGACAACGAUGUCGGGAAAUGGGGCAUCCUGGGCAGGAUCCCGCUGAUGCCGCGCGUCUUCUCUGACGUAUACUCCUUCGCCUCGGUCCCCUUCGAGGCGGGCGACGACGCCAUGGUCGGCGGAAUUCCCUUCUCCGAGGGCACAGUCCUGGGCACGACGAGACCGCCCAAGGGCGUCAUCGGGUGGAUCAGUGACGACAGCCUCGCCGUCGUCGGAGCUGGCCAAGACGCCAGGUGGGAGAAAUUUGUGGUGCUCGACGGCGACGACGGCAAGCGACACUGUGUGCGGGAAGGCUGGAAACGAUAUCUGGGAAACACGUGA